AUAUCCCUCAUUGGUGUCAUGUACAAGGUGGUGGCAAAAUUACUGGCAAGCCGCCUACGCAAAGUGAUGCAUAAGAUUAUUAGGGAACAACAAAUGGCAUUUAUUAAGGGCAGACAAUUGGUGGAUGGAGUAGUCAUUGCAAACGAAGUAAUUGAUGAAGCGAAAAGGAAGAGGAAGAAAAGCUUUGUGUUCAAAGUGGAUUUUGAGAAAGCAUACGAAAAGGUGUGCUGGAAGUUUAUAGACUAUAUGCUGGACAGAAUGGCCUUUAGUGGCACUUGGAGGAGGUGGAUCCAGGAGUGCUUGCAAUUGAGCAUGGUGUCAAUCCUAAUCAAUGGAAGCCCAACUCGGCAAUUUCCAGUCACAAAAGGCAUUCGACAAGGCGACCCCUUAUCCCCCUUUUUAUUCCUGAUAGUGGCAGAGGGUCUAAAUGGAUUAAUGACAGCAGUUGUUGAUAAGAAGCUGUAUAAGGGUGUGGAAGUCGGAAAUGAUGCAGUAACAGUUACCCACUUGCAAUUUGCGGAUGACACCAUAUUCCUUGGGGAGGCAUCUGAGCAAAAUAUUAGGACAGUUAAGUGUAUUUUGAGGACUUUUGAAAUGGCGGCGGGGCUGAAAAUAAACUUCGGAAAAUGUCAGCCUAUGGGCAUCGGGGUGGAGGAUGACUGGAGAAACAAAAUGGCCUAUAAAUUAGGCUGUAAAGAAGGGGAAUUCCCGAUCAAAUACCUGGGGAUUCCCAUUGGGGGGAACCAUAGUAGGCUUAAAAUCCUCCCUAUGUUCUUGAUGUCCGUCUACUUGAUCCCAAAAGGUACGCUUAAUUCAAUUGAUAAAAUUCGUAGGAAUUUUUUAUGGGGGGGAGAGGGAGUGGAGACAAAAACUAAUUGGGUAAAGUGGGAUAGAAUUUGCAAAGAUAAGGAACAUGGGGGGCUAGGUGUGAAAGAUUUGAAGAAGUUUAAUAUAGCGCUAAUGGGGAAAUGGUGGGGUAGAUUAGCAAUAGAAGAAGAAGGGUUGUGGAAAAGGGUCAUUAGAGGAAAAUAUGGAGGGGGAGGGGGGCAUUGGCAAACCUGGGUGAGAAAUGGAAAUGAGGGGGGCUCUUUAUGGUGGAGAGACGUCCAAAGGAUUAACAAUGUUGAUAGGGAAAAUGCUGGGUGGUUAGCAGAGGGGUUUAGAUUAAAGUUGGGGGAAGAUAAGGAGAAGAAAUGCUACCAAAUGGGGAAGGAGCUUAAUGGAACAUGGGAAUGGAACCUAAAGUGGAAAAGAAGACUGAUGGAAUGGGAAGAAGAGUCGGCUUUUGAGUUAUCAAAAAUGAUUGAGGAGAUGAAAAUACUACCAGGAAUCACAGACAAAUGGGAGUGGGUGCACAAAAGGGACGGCAAGUACUCAUCUUCAUCAGCAUAUUCACUGCUGUCAAAUACCCAGCAGAAUCCAAAUGAAAAAUUUUUCAAAAGAAUAUGGAAUAACAAUAUUCCAAGCAAAAUUGCAACAUUUAAUUGGAGAGUUGUGCUUGACAAAAUACCAACCAAAAAGAACUUGUUGAAAAAAGGAAUUGACAGUGUUAUGGAUGAUGGGAAAUGCAGACUUUGUGAGGAGGAAGAAGAAGACUCUGCCCACCUGUUUUUGAGAUGUAAAGUAGCGAAGUGGAUCUGGAAGGAGUGUGCUAAAUGGUGGGGGAUUUCUUUAAGGUUGGAGUCGGAUUGCUGGAAAUCUUUCGACCACCUUCAUGCAUGGACCAAUGAUAACCGGCUCAAAAAUGGAUGGGAUUGCAUUUGGAGUGCAGUGAUCUGGUCAAUAUGGCUUUUGCAGAAUAGAAAGGUAUUUCAAGGCUAGGAAACAAACAUGGGUAAGCUGUUGGAAUUAAUUCAAUUAAGAUUUUUUUUUUGGAUUAAAUCAAGAAUAGCUGGUUGUCACUUUUAUCUUUCAGAUUGGUUCUGUAAUCCUAUAGCUUGUCUUACGGAUGCUUAAGAGUAAGCUUGGGAGUAGAAUAGUUUGAAAGAUAGGAGUAACAGUGUAGGCUAUCUCUUCUCUGCUCUUGUGUAAAGAAUUAGGUGGAGUACUACUUGUACAUCCACAAUAUUUUCAAUAAAUUACCUUUGCUGUG